AUGGCGUACCACGACGACACUCGGAAUGAAAAAGUCAUGGACAUGAAGCACGAGGAAAAUGUCCAUACCGCAGCGGAAAGGGGCCUGGCCGCCACCGACAGAUAUGGUCAUUCAUUGGUCCAUAUUGACAAGGCCGCCGAGAGAAAGUUGCGCCUAAAGAUCGAUCUCUAUGUCAUACCUACUGUCGCGCUCCUCUAUCUGUUCUGUUUCAUCGAUCGAGCAAACAUUGGUAAUGCCAGGCUAGCUGGGCUCGAAACAGAAUUGGGCAUGACGGGCACGUACGACUAUAACAAGCUGCUGUCGGUCUUUUACAUCAGCUAUAUCCUGUUUGAGGUGCCCUGCAAUCUCGGUUGCAAGUGGCUUGGACCCGGCUGGGCGAUUCCAAUCAUGUCCCUGUGCUUCGGCAUUGCAUCUCUCGGUACUGCAUUCGUCACCACGUUGCCGCAGGCCUGUGGCGUGCGCUUCGUGCUUGGUGUGUUUGAAAGUGGUAUGAUGCCGGGAAUAUCCUACUACUUGUCACGCUGGUACCGACGUUCGGAGCUGGCCUUCAGACUUUCCCUCUUCAUCGUCAUGUCCCCUCUGGCAGGCGCCUUUGGCGGUCUUCUUGCGUCUGGAAUUCUGAGUUUGCCCGGCUUUGGUACUCUGCACAAGUGGCGCAUGAUCUUUGCGAUUGAAGGAAUCAUUACGAUUGGUCUGUCGUUGAUAUCCUUUUUCACGCUGACAGAUCGACCAGCGACUGCACGAUGGCUCACGCAGGAGGAGAAGGACUUGGCUAUUGCCAGAGUCAAGUCAGAGCGUGUCGGACAAACCAGUGUUCUCGACAAAUUCACCAAGAAGAAGCUGUGGCUCGGAUUCUGGAACCCUGCCGUAUUGAGUACAGCAUUCGUCUUCAUGCUCAACAAUAUCACAGUCCAGGGAUUGGCCUUUUUCCUACCCACGAUCGUCGCCACCAUCUACCCGACUUAUACAACAAUUCAAAAGCAACUUUACACGGUGCCCCCAUACAUUGUCGGAGCCUUCUUUACUCUACUGCUUCCUGCACUGAGUUGGAGAACGGACAAGAGACAGCACUUCAUCAUUGCUUCUGCGCCUUUGGUUAUGCUCGGCUACGCCAUGUUCCUCGGUAGCACCAACCCAACGGUCCGAUACGCUGCCACGUUCUUCCUGACCAGCAGCACCUUUGCCAUCGGACCCAUGGCCAACGCGCAAGUUGCCGCGCAGGUAAUUAGCGACACAUCCCGCAGCAUGUCGCUCGCUACCAAUAUGACAUUUGGUAACAUUGGUGGGCUGGUCGCAACCUGGAGCUACAUUGCCUGGGAUGCACCCAAUUACCACAUUGGCAACGGGCUCAACCUGGCAGCUGCGUCGACUAUUCUCAUCUCCAGUACCCUUACCUUGCUGUGGAUGGAGCGCGACAACAAGAAACGUGAUCAGAAGGACAUUGAUCAGGCGCUCGACGGGCUCACUUCCGAGGAGAUUGAAGAUCUGGAAUGGAGGAACCCAGCCUGGAGAUGGAGGCCUUAG